GUUAUUGGCAAAAUUAAAUACAAUUUUAGGUAACCUAUGCUUAUAUUAAUAAUGCCCAUUGGUUAUCUCUUCACUUUAUCUGAUGUAAAUCUUAACAACCCGAGACUAACUUAUUUUAUUUUUUACUUGACGUUAUGAUAUGACGGUAUUAAUUUAAAAGUAAAAGUAUUAAUUAAUAAUUUAAAAACGACUAUCAUCGUUUAAAGGGUCCACCGUAGUCUUUCUUGUAGUAACAGUGCUCUUAGUGAUCAGUUGUCAUUGAGUGGUGCUGAUAAGUGUUACUACUACUAACAGUGACAGUUGAGUUCGUAAAACAACAUUUGGUAAAAUCGGAGGACGGUACCCAAGAUGGCCACCAUCUUGGUUGACACACCCAGUUAAUACUGUCACUAAACCUAUCCCUAAAUCGAUCCCUAUGCCUAACCUGAAUCCUAAAUUGAUCCCUAUGCCUAACCUGAACCCUAAAUCGAUCCCUCUACCUAACCUGAACCCUAAUUCACUGCAACUAUGGUGGCCAUCUUGGGUACCGUCCUCCAAUUUAGCCCAACAUUCAAAUCAAUAGGCCCAGCUGAGACUGCUGGGCCUAUGCCUGAUUUGUGCCUUGUGCCUCUUCUAUGCCUGCGCUUCUAUCAAAAACUGACCUAAUGUCCAAGUGCAUCAAGCAUGUCAUUGUUUGUUGUGAUUCAUUAUUGAUUUUUUAAUAUAUUAUUGUUAUAAUUAAAUUAAUAUAUAAUUCAUCAUAAUAUUUUAUUUUGAUUAGGGCCUAUAUAAGAAACUUUCACUUUCAUUCAUUGAAUCAGUCAGGUGAUUAAAUGCCCUUUAAUCAAAUGUCAUUGCACUUACACAGCCUACAUCAUUUUUUAUUAUUACCUUAUUCAUUCCAUCACAAUGGAAAAAAAAUUGAUAUGUUAUCCAUUAUGCAAAUGAAAAUAGGUAUUAAUCCCAUUUACUAUAUUCCUUUUUUUCAGAAUUAUGGCAGGACUUAGUGUAUUUAGAUGCUUAAGAUCUCACAAACAUUUUACUCAAAUCAUAAAUAAUCCAGAAAGUACAUGUCAUGUUCAUCAUAAAAUAAGUAAACUGCUUUUGACAAAUUUGUACCACAAAAAAAACUUUCAUACAUCAAAAGACAAGCUCCUUCGUGCCUUGAGUCGACUAGAAUCUCGUGGAGUUCUCAAGCUGUCAGGAAAAGAUACAGCUGGCUAUCUCCAAGGUUUGGUCACUAAUGAUGUGCAGCAGCUGGUUGAGAAAUCUCCAGCUGUACAGUAUACCAUGAUGCUCAAUGUUCAGGUGGUUCACUGUUUGUGUUUGUCUUGCUGUCUAUUACAUAGCUUUAAAUUUAAUAUUUAGAAAUUGAAGACACAUGCUGAUGAGCAUUGUUAAAGUGCUAGUUAUAAGUGAAGUUUACAUUUUAAAAGCUUUUUUAUAAACAAUUCAGAAGUAAAGUUUAAAAUGUCUAAAAGCUUUUUUAUAAAAAAGAAAUGACCAAUUUAUUUAAUUAUAAUAUGAUUUAUUUUUAAAAACAUAUUUCACUUCUUCACUCCAGGGCCGCGUUUUAUAUGAUUUGUUUCUGUAUAACAUCACUAAUGAGGGAGGGUCAACAACACUACUAGUAGAUGUGGACAAAUCAGUGAAGGCUGAGCUGGUACAAGUUCUCAAACGAUACAGACUGAGAAAGAAGGUCAAAAUAUAAAAAAUUUAAUUCUUAAACUAUUAAAUGUUUAUUCUGAUUUUGCUUACUGUUAUGGAGCAAUUUAUUAUGAAUAAGUGAUAUAGCACAUUUUUUAUUGAGCACUUCAUUAUCAUUAAGAUAGUUAGCUAUAUCUUAUAAAAAGAUUUUUUUUAAAUGAAUUUGCUGAAAUUCUCAGAGUUUUUAAAUCACCUUAAAGUCUUGCCCCUUGUAAGGAAAUAGAAUUACAUUGUAUUGAGCUUUAAUCAGUGUGUUAACUCAUUCGUUCAUCACCAUGGCAAUAAAGCCAAUAAAGGGCUCUGACCUGCAUCACAACAUCCUUCUGCUCAGACCAUUCUAUGACCUUCCAUUUCUAUUAAGAGACUUUCAGGUGAUGCACGUCCAUCUUUCCAACAUCAACCCAAUUUGCUCUUAGUCUGCAAAGUUUUCUAGCCACUGUUAGAGCUUUUUUUAGUUGUUUAGGUGGGUUGAAUGGAAUAUGUUAAAAACUUUUCACCCACCAAAACUUCAAAGUAGAAUAUAAAAUUGUUUGUCAUUAAAUAAGUAAGGUAUCUAAUUUCAACUUUAUAUAUCUCAUUCAGUGGGCUAGUUAAAUCAUUACAAGUGGUAACUAUUUAUUUUAUAAAAGUUUAAUGUGUACUCAAAUUUCUUUGAUAAUAUCCAUAUGUUUGAUUGUGUAUUCUAGUCUAAUAAAAGGGAUGUUAUCUACAGGUAGAUAUUUCUGAUGUGAGUGACCAGUACAGAAUAUGGUCGCAAUGGAGCGAUGGUAGCUCUGAGCAAAGCAACAUCCAGCAGCCUAACAUAUUUAGUUUCCAUGAUCCAAGAGUGCCAAUGUUAGCUAGAAGGAUAGUUGCAGAACAAGAUAAUUUAGGUGCAUCUUAUCUGAUGAUUAUAACCUUUCUCAGUUUAUCUCAAUUACUUCAAUUGGUUUAGCAUUACAUUUUUUUACAAUUUUGCUUUUUCUCAAUAUAUUUUUGUUCCUGUUAUUGAAUGUGUGUACAGAUUGCUCUGUAAAAAUGAUAAAGAUAACAAUAACCUUCUGACAUAUCUAAAGACUGCUGGCAAAUGAUAAAAGAAAAUAUGGGCAUUUAGCUAAAGAGUGUGUUCCAAACAAGAUUGUAACACUAAAAUUAAAUGUUGCAGGUAUUGAGGAUAGAACUGAACAAGACUACAGGGUACAGAGAUUCAAGCUAGGAAUCCCAGAGGGAAUCACAGACUUACCACCUGGUAAUUGCCUCCCUUUAGAGAGUAACUUGGAUUUGAUGAACGGAGGUAAUCACCCAAUGAAAAUAUUUUCUUAUCUUCUUUUUUUUUUUAUACAUGAUGCUUGAAACUAGAAAUCAAGCUAUUUAGGCUUGUAUUUUCAUAUCUUAAAGUUUAUAACAUAGGAAAUGAGAUAUUUGCAAGCAGAUAAGAUACCAAAGGCUUUAUAAUAUAUAUUUGACCUGACUUUUUAGCUGGAAAUUAUGCAUUGAAAACAGGGUAGAUAACUAAUAACCAGGUUAGAUGUAUCUUUCUUAGGAAUAUUUUCCCACACAAAAUAAUUAAGUAACUUUUUCUGUAUGCAAAGAAUUCCAUAAUAUGAAUAUAUUAACGAGUCUUUCAAAUUAGACUGCAAAAUGAAGUUAAAUUUGUUUUUUACUUAAGUUGGCAAUAGUUUUUGCAACCCAACUCCUAGCUACGAUCAUCAGCCUUAUGGGGGAAAAAUCUUGUACGGUGCCUAUUUUUAAUUUUAUCCUUGUACAGUUACUAGACUUCUCUAAGUUGAAAAAUACAUUUUAAAUAUCUGAUGCUCUCCUCCCUGUCCAAUUAAAGAAAACCUGAUGUAAUUUAUAAAUAUUCAUUCAGUCAAUUUCCAGAAAGGUUGUUAUAUCGGACAAGAGCUAACAGCACGGACUUAUCACACGGGAGUCACACGUAAACGUAUCAUGCCCAUUGAAUUAGACACGUAAGCUCUCGCUGCCUCGCUUUCAUCAGACCUUAAAAGUGUCACUUUGUUUAUUUAAAGAUAUUCAGCUUAAUUAUCCUUUUAUUUUGUCUCAUAAUUUAUUAAAAGCUGUUGAUUUUUCAUAAUUCUUAAUAGUACUUCCUAAUAAUUUAGGUUUUUCUUACACAUUUAUCUUCCUUAUCAAGUUUGUUGUGCAAAAUGUAAUGUAGAUUUGUCAAAUGUAAAAUUGUUACUGAAUAGUAAUGUCAGUGCUGAAAAUGAAGUAUGCUCUCUUUCUCUUUUUCAAGCCCAGCACCAAUUUCUGUUAAUGCCGUGAUAAGCACAAAAGAAAAGGGAAAGAAUGCUGGUAAGUUUCGCAGUGUUGAAGGACUCUACGGGCUUGGAUUGCUGCGUCUUGAACAUAUCAAGGUUGAUCUCACGGUGAAGUCAGCAGUCGGAGAAACUGUUUCUGUCAGACCACACAUACCAGAGUGGUGGCCCAAGAGUAUUUUUUCAGUGUAAUCAGAACUAGACAAAUAGUUAAUAUAUUGACAGUGUGAACCAAACUUGACUAACACAAAUGAAUACAAAUGUAAAUUGACGGUUAAAGAACAUUGACAAUGUCAACUUACCUUGUGAUAAAGUACGCCAAUAACUGAUAUUAUUAAGUUUUAUAGACAUGUUUUUUUAUUUCAUUUACUGAUAUAUAGAUUUCCAUGUCUCAGGAAUUAUUCAUGUACACAGAUAAAAGGAAAGAUCUCCUGAAAUUGUGUCUUACGUUGGUUUAUAUUAGUUUCAAGUUGUUAAAAAGAUAUUUCUAUGUGUAUUUAUUUUCCUGUUUUAAAUUUUUUUUUUACAUACGAAGGGACAUCAAUUGAUUUAUCUAAGGAGGAAGAAUUACAAAAAUGAAAUAAUUUCAUGUAUGCAACGUACAGGUGUAAGACAAAUGUAGACUAAACACAAUAAGAAUUUUGGUCAAAGAGAUGAGUGUUGUGAAAUUGGGACAUGCCAGACAUGAUAUUAUGCAAUGGAUAAGUUUUUUCCACUACUUCUGUAGGACAGACCAGUGCUUCCCAAACUGUGUUGCGUGACAGAGAAGUGUGUCCCUGCAGGGUGUAGGUGUACCCCUCGAAAGUAAGCCAUAAUGACAUGUCUACGCCAUCUUUAGUCAUCAAGGGAGAUUAUCAGAUAUAUGGAUUGUGCAAACUUAUUGUAUAUCCCCUCUUUUUCCUUUAAGAUGGCUACCAGUUGCCAGUUUAGCCUUUGAUGGCCAAAUUCAUUUAACUGUAAAGCCGACAUGGUUGUGUGAAUUUUGCAAUUCAAGCAUGACUUUGCCUUUUUGGAAAUAGAUUUUUCCCUUGUUUGGUUCCACAUUAUCUUAAAUUUCAUUUAGCAUCAGUGUCCCUGGUUUCUCUUGUAAUGCAAUGCGGGAUUAUUUCAAAAUGAUAUCUUAGCUGGCGAAAAGUCUGUUUUUAAAUGUUAUAAAUGCAAAGAUAAAGUUUCCAAACCUCGUUUAUAGGUAAAAAUUGUUUGAAAUCGGCGAUCACAUUUCUGGUCGCGCUAACAACCCUUGUCCCAAGUGUUACGUUUGCGGAGAUAUAUUUCCUACUCAGAGUAUCGUACCUAACAAAUGAAGCAAUAAUUUUGCUGUUUUACCCUGAAUUCAAGAAAGUAUUUAUUAAAAUUCCUUUGGCAGAUAACACAAUUAGAAGAUGCAUUCAAGACAUGUCUGAUCAAAUAAAAAGUUCAAAUGAAUGAAAUGUUUCAUUACUAUAAUAAUUUUUUGACAUUACAGUUAGACAAAUCCACAAAUGUCAGUGCCUUAACGCAAAUACUGGUUUGUAGACAUGCUAUUCACAGAAAAAGAGACAUUUUUUUUUUAAAUUUCGCAAAUAUUUUCUUAUUAGAAUUAAUGAAUAACAAUUCUCACAAUCUUCUAAAUGAAUUUUAUUAUCAAGCAAGUGAUUAAUCAUUUUUUUAAAAAAAGGAAAGUCUUUCAUGAGAUAUGUUUUGUCUCCGUACAUUUUGCUUUAAACUAAUAUGUUUGCGUACAUAUGUCUUCAAAUGGGUUGGUUUAAUCCCUGGGUAAAGCAGUGAAACUGACUCACUGUCAUGAAAUUAUGGAUGUCUAAACAGCGUGUCACCAACAUGAAAAGUUUGGAAAGCACUGGGAUUGGCUAUAGUUUUUAUAUGAAGACUCGUGAGUUGUACCAACUACAUCACGUUAUUUAAUAUAAUAUUUAAAGAUUUGGUUUACCUUGAUUGAGUUAUUCAUGUUCUUGUCUCUACAAUGAUCCUACUGUGUUGAGUUUAUUGUGGACCUAGGG